GCCAGCACUGUCCAUGGCCAUGGCAUUUCCCCUCAUGAUACUCGCACUGCUCUUCUUGCUGCCAGCGACCGUGUUAGCUGUUUCUCCCCUCCAUAGAAGCAACGACACUGACCUCGCCGCACUACUCGCGUUCAAGGAGCAGCUCUCCGAUCCUGUUGGCAUUCUUGCUGCGAACUGGACCACCCGUACAUCCUUCUGCCAUUGGGUUGGUGUCUCUUGUAGCGGGCGUCGGCAGAGUGUCACAGCUCUGGUGCUGCCAGGCAUGCCACUCCAUGGGCCAGUCUCCUCCUAUAUUGGUAACCUCUCCUUCCUCCAUGUCCUAAACCUCACCAACACAAGCAUCACGGGCUCCAUCCCACCUGAUAUUGGUAGAUUGAGCCGUCUAGUCGUACUUGAUCUUCGCCUUAACGGAUUGUCCGGCAUCAUCCCUCAUACCAUAGGAAAUCUCACAAAGCUAAACACCCUUGUUCUAGCACAAAACGAUCUUUCUGGGCAAAUACCACAUGAUCUGCACAGCUUAAGCAAUCUUAGGAACAUACAACUAGAGACAAACCACUUAAGCGGCCAAAUUCCAAAUCACUUAUUCAACAACACGCCUCUGUUGAUUAGUCUUGGCCUUGGGAAUAACAGCCUAUCAGGGCCGAUACCACCCGGUAUUGCCUCUUGUCCCAUGCUUGAGUAUCUCAACCUGCAAGCGAAUCAGCUAUCCGGUCCGGUACCUCCAACCAUGUUCAACAUGUCCAGACUGCUGGUGAUGAGCCUCGCGGGCAAUCGUUACUUAACAGGAUCCAUCCCUAGCAACCAAAGCUUUAAUCUGCCCGUGUUGCAAAAGUUUCUUAUUGGUGGCAACAAUUUCACCGGUCGAAUUCCAUCAGGACUCGCAUCAUGCGAACACCUCCGACAAGUUUCUCUACCCAUAAACUCCUUUGUGGACUUUGUCCCAGCAUGGCUUGGUAAAUUGUCGCAUCUCACUCGCCUCAGUUUAGGUGGAAAUGGCCUUGUUGGUUCGAUUCCAAGUGAGCUCAGCAAUCUGACUAUGCUCAGUUUGCUUGACCUAUCAUAUUGCAGUCUAAGCGGAAUGAUUCCGGACGAAUUAGGACAAAUGAGUCAACUCACGUUCUUACAUCUUUCAGAUAAUCAACUAACAGGGUCAUUUCCAGCUUUUGUUGGUAACCUAUCCCAACUGUCUGCACUAGCAGUAGAAUCCAACCAUUUAACUGGAACAGUCCCAAAAACUAUUGGGAACCUCAGAGCCCUUGAGAUGCUUGAUAUUGGAAGCAAUCCUCUAGAGGGAACACUUGAUUUCUUGGCCACUUUAUCCAAUUGCAGGCAACUCCAAUUACUCAACAUAAACAACUGCUCAUUCACCGGGGUCAUUCCUGAUCACAUUGGAAACCUCUCUAGAAGCUUGACAAACUUUGGUGCAAGCAAUAACCAUUUAACUGGAGAUAUUCCAGCAUCAAUAUCAAAUCUAAGUGGCCUCGGUACAAUAACACUUUAUUACAACCAAUUAAGAGGCAGAAUCCCUGAAUCCAUUACACUAUUGGAGAAUCUCGAGGCACUUGACCUAACUGGGAAUAGCCUAUUUGGCCCAAUCCCAUCACAAAUUGGCACCCUAACGAGAUUGCACAUAUUUUCUCUCGAAGACAAUAAUUUUUCUGGUGCCAUACCAAAUGGUGUUGGCAAUUUAAGUAUGCUAGAACGCGUUUCGCUAGCAUAUAACCAGCUGUCUUCAACUAUACCUGAAAGCUUAUUCCAUCUUAGUAACCUUCGUCAGUUACUUCUAUCUCACAACUCCCUUAUUGGUCCAUUGCACUCUGACCUUCGUUCCAUGGAGGAAAUAGACACGGUAGAUAUAUCCUCCAACAACUUAGUUGGUAGCCUCCCGACUUCAUUUGCGCAGCAUGGACUGUUAAGCUACCUUGAUCUAUCACACAACAAGCUGCAAGGUUCAGUCCCAGACUCUUUCAAAAGGUUAGUCAACCUAGGAGUAUUGGACCUAUCUUUGAACAACCUCUCUGGUACCAUUCCAAAGUAUUUUGCCAACUAUACCUCUCUGACUAGCUUGAACCUCUCUUUCAAUAAGUUCCAAGGUGAGAUACCAGAUGGAGGUAUUUUCGCAAACAUCAGUGCGCAAUCAUUGAUGGGAAAUGCCGGAUUGUGUGGUGCCACACGUCUCGGAUUUUCACAAUGCCUUGGCGAUUCUCACCCAAACAACAUACACUUGCUAAGAUUUGUGCUCCCAACUGUCAUAAUAACCUUUGGACUUUUAGCAAUUUUUUUAUGCUUAAUGUUCCGAAUGAAAUAUACAAAGCAGCAAAGUGUUUCGGCUUCUUCUCGCAUGGAUGAUCUGAUCAGCCAUAGAUUAGUAUCCUACCAAGAGAUUGCUCGUGCCACUGAAAAUUUCAGCGAGGAUAACCUACUUGGAGUUGGAAGUUUCAGCAAAGUUUUCAAGGGCCAACUGGACGAUGGUUUGCUGGUCGCGAUAAAAGUGCUCGACAUGCAAGUCGAGCUGGCUAUAAGGAGCUUUGAUGCUGAAUGUCAAGUGUUGCGGAUGGCUCGGCAUCGCAACUUGAUACGGAUAUUAAAUACGUGUUCCAACUUGGAUUUCAGAGCUCUGCUGCUUCAAUACAUGCCCAAUGGUAGCUUGGAGACACACUUGCACACUGAAACUUGUGAACCACUAGGAUUCGUUAAGAGAUUGGACAUUAUGCUUGGCGUGUCCGAGGCAAUGGUGUAUCUGCACCACCAUCACUAUCAAGUUGUCCUACAUUGUGACCUCAAGCCAAGCAAUGUGUUGUUCGAUGAGGAGAUGACGGCGUAUGUUGCAGACUUUGGGAUCGCAAAACUACUUUCAGUGAAUGACAAUUCCAUAGUUUCAGCGAGUAUGAAAGGGACAAUUGGAUACAUGGCACCAGAGCUUGCCUUGAUUGGGAAGGCGUCCCGGAAGAGUGACGUGUUUAGCUUUGGGAUCAUGCUUCUCGAAGUCUUCACCGGGAAGAGGCCCAUUGAUCCCAUGUUUGUUGGAGAAUAUACCCUUAGGCAAUGGGUUUACCAAGCAUUUCCAGAAAGGCUCGUUGAUGUUGUUGAUGAGAAGUUAGUGCAAGGUGAAGAAAAAAGUUAUGACCAAUUCGAUAGUAAAUUUUUAGUAUCGGCUUCCACUAGCUGCAAAGAAAACAUUCUUCUAUCCAUAUUCGAACUGGGUCUAGUGUGUUCGAGCGAAUCACCUGAGCAAAGGAUGGCAAUGAACGACGUGGCUGGAAAACUGAAGAUCAUCAAGAAGGAAUUGGAAAGGUCUCAGCAUUACUGAAUCACUCUGGCUCCUAAUCCGUGAGUACCACACUGAUCCAGAGCAAGAGGACCAGAUCAUCUUGCCAUGGUCACCUAAUGGGCAGUAUGCAGCAAAGCCAACAUAUGAGAUGCUGCAAGAAGGGGCAGCUCAAUUUGCAACUCAAUUUGCGCCACGGGAUACCGACUCUGGACCUCGGAUCGUCAAGCACGCCACGGGAUACAAGAUCAUAUAGUGGUCUGCUUUGUUUAUCUGCAAGAAGAAGACACGGUGGAUCACAUUCACAUAUUCACCCAGUGUGUGCAUGCAAGACAGGUUUGGAUGCAGUGCUUUCACACUCUGAAUAUCCGGUUCCUGCUCCCACGGUGACCUGCACAUUGCAGGAUUGGUGGCUGAGAUCUAGGAAAGCUUUCAGUAUCAAGACAUGGAGGAAUUUUGAUGCCCUUUGUGAUGUUCUGCAGCUGGAAUCUGUGGAAAAAUAGAAACGCCUGGGUUUUUGCAAAUGUGAACCAUCAGUAUAGCGUGGGGCAGCUAGCAAGCAACAUCUGCGACGAGUUCCUUCGGUGGUCAAGUGGCUAGGAGAGGAAUGAGUGGUGUCUUUCAUCAGAGAGUACGAAUAGGCUAGGAGCUCUGAGUUGGAGUUGGUGUGUGUGGUGGCCAUUGUUAGAGAUAUAUUUCGUAUAUGUGUAUUUGGUAGUAUAUGUUAGAGAUAUAUUUGGUAUAUGUGUAUUUGGUAGUAUAUGAUUUGUAAUCAUCUCCUACCUUAUCUCUAUGAUAGCCUUCUUGGCUCCCAAGACUUAUACCCCUAUAUAUACUCGCCCGAGAGGCUCAAUACAA